AUGGUAAUAUUGCACACACCCACUUCCCCUGGCAUGACGUGCCGCGCGGCCUAUACCAGUGGCGGCGCCGGUGCUAGCCAAAAUGACUGGGAUAUCAACGAUAGCGCUGUGCCGAGGAUAAGCGAUUACGAUCCAUUCUCUGAAUGGGCGGACGGCCAUUGCCGGCUCGUCUAUAGGGCAGACAAUGAGGAGGCAAAAAGGCAUUCGUCCGGAUGGGCAAUGCGGAACACCAACAAUCACAAUGUACAUAUUCUAAAAAAAAGUUGCCUCGGAGUUUUAGUCUGUUCUUUAAGGUGUACGUUACCGAACGGAGAGAAAGUUCAUCUAAGGCCAGCCAUCUGUGAUAAAGCUAGAAAAAAACAACAAGGUAUAGGUAAACCGUGUCCGAAUCGACAAUGUACGGGGCGAUUAGAAAUUUUGGCGUGCAGGGGACACUGCGGUUACCCUGUUACUCACUUCUGGAGGCAUACCGAGUACGCGAUAUUUUUCCAAGCUAAAGGAGUCCACGACCAUCCGCGACCGGAAGCAAAAAGCACGUCGGAAGCGAGACGAUCGCUCGGCAGCGGCCGCAGAGUCAGAGGCCUCGCAGUAUUAUUAGCUAAGGAAGCGGCUUUAGGAAAUAAGAUAAUGUCACUCAGGCAACCAAAAAGACAAUGUAGAGAAAUGAACCAAGUGAUAAGAACCACCAAUCCGCCGCCUCUCGUUACCGAUCAAGAUAAAGGAUACUGUUCGUGUCCUCCGUUCGAGUGCAUCUGCGCGUUCCAGCCAACAAUAUCAACGACUGUACAGCAUUACCCAACGUCGCCGCACUCUUUCCAACAUUCCCAACCGCUGAACUCGUACUGGACUCAGGAACCCGCACACGCUCAAGCCUACCCCACCGAAUUCGUAAACGUAAACGACCAUUACGACUUCACCAACAUACAGUCGGACAUUUUUCAACCCGAAGAAAUUUUCCAACUGGAUCAGCCAAUUAAACCAGAUUUUUCCCACCAAAGUGCAACAACCACUGCGACCAGAUCGCCGCCUACUUUGUUAGAUUUGGGGAGCGGCACGAUCCACAGGGAGUUCAAAACCGAGGAAUAUUGGCCGCAGAAUAUGAGCUUCGGCAACGAAGACAGCAACACGAGCAGUAGCGUGCGGUUCAGCGUAAACCAAAGUCCGGAUAGUAGUAAAAUGGUAGUCCCCUCCACAGACCCAAACUACUUAAUGGUACCUACGAGGAACAACGAAGCCGAUUACGGUGUUUUAAAUCAACAUAAAUCCAAUCCUUUGUACGAACAAACUUUUUGCGACGUCGAAUUCAAGCCAGACUCUGCUUUCGAGAGCCGCGUGACGUACCUACCCGAAGAAGCGUUCAGUCAAAAUUUUGAUAACGCGCAAACAAGUAAAAACGGGAAGAGCAACUUCCAGGAGUAUAUAGAUUUGGCGCAGUAUAACGAAUACAAUUUUCUCAACGGUUACGAACACAAAGCAAACUUCCCGAACGAUGCGGCCAUGUUCAACGAUCUUGAUUUUCGGAUAAACUGCAAUCUUAACGACGUAGACUAUGGCCACGCGUAUGACGCGACUAACCAAUAA